AUGACGACAGAUUCAAACGCUUACACCGACAACAUGUACACGGUUAUCAAGCAACCGAUAGACAGAAUCAGCAGUAGAGACAGAAGCAUCUAUGAGCUAGUCAAUUACUUUUUUAUUUCUGGCUUAAUUGCUUUAUUUGGUUUACUAACAAAUGUAAUUAAUAUUAUUGUCUUCUACAAACAAGGCUUUAGCA